GCGCCAACGACCCCAGAAUCCAAGCAACAGGGGGCCGCAAGCCACUGGGGUUCUCCGGGCCCCCACUACAGUUGCCAAUUGUGGCUUCGAGGCGCCCCAAGACAUGUGAACAGCCUCAACGUCCCUCUCCACCACGCCACCACGCCACGAUCCACGUGGGGUACGAGAACAGCGACGGUGACGACAUAAUCUCGGUUGGUCGCUACUCACCCCUUGAACUCGCAAUCUCCAGCCACGCGUUACUCGACAGCUCUUACAAUCAAAACCUCUCAUUUCUCUCAAGAAAUGGCGUCCAAGGAGGCCGAGAAGGAGCCUCAGGGCAAAGGCAAAGGCGACCCCGUCCAGGAGGACGAGAACGAGGAGGAGCAGCAGCCCCAGGAGAGGUUCUCACCCGAGGAAGAGGCGUCCCUCCUGGCUGAGUCCAACGCCAGCAAGACGGCGGCCAACGCCCUCUUCUCCUCGUCAAAGUACGACGAGGCCAUCGCCAAGUACGACGAGGCUGUCGCCGCCUGCCCCAACUAUCUCGACUACGAGCUCGCCGUGCUGCGCUCCAACAUCGCCGCCUGUCACCUCAAGCUCUCGCAGUGGAAGGACGCCGUCUCGAGUGCCACCGCCGCCCUCGACGGCCUCGACCGCAUCGACAAGGAGGCCGCGCUCGAGAGGGAGCGCCGCGAGAAGGACAAGACUGCAGCCGCCGCCGCCGCUGCCGCCGCCGAGAAGAAGGGGGAGGAGGACGACGACGACGACGACGUCGAGGAGGAGAUUGUCAGCGCCGGCGCAAGUAAGGCCGCACCCGCACCGCAGCCGCCCAAAGACGAAAAGGAGGAGGAGGAGGAGGCAGCCCGCCGCCGGCGCGCCGAGGACGUCCUCCGGAUCCGCGCCAAGGCGCUGAUGCGCCGGGCAAGAGCGCGCAGCGAGGAAGGCGGCUGGCAGAGCCUCGCUGGCGCCGAGGAGGACUACCGCGCGCUGGCAGCCAUGUCGAACCUGGCGCCCGCGGACCGCAAGAUCGUGCAGGCCCAGCUGCGCGCGCUGCCGGCGCGGACAAAGGCCGCGCAGGAGAAGGAGACGGCCGAGAUGUGGGGGAAGCUGAAGGAGCUGGGCAAUGGCAUCCUCAAGCCUUUCGGCCUGAGCACAGAUAACUUCCAGAUGGUCAAGGACGAGAAGACGGGAGGCUACUCGAUGAACUUCAACCAGGGCCGGUGA